CUUUGGACGCUUGACCGUGAGGAGACUUGAAGAAAAGCUAUGGCUCUUUUAAUUUCCGGGUAGAUUCAAAUCCAUCUUCAGAAAGACAAAAUGUCCAAAGUAAGAAGACCAAGCAACCGUUGGCUGAAAUCUUUGAAACCAUGAAUCAAAAGAAGCAUUUUCUCCUUAAGCAUCAGAUAUGUGCGAAGCCAAAAGCUGCUGUGGUGUAAAUGUGCCACCAGGAUCCAUUUCCAAACACAGCUCGCUCCUGCCAAGGUCAGCACCACCAGGCCUGCUGUCGCUGAAGUAACCAGAGAACCCGGAUUCCUCACUCAGAAGUGAAGCCAGUUCUGCAGCAUGCUGCAGCCCCUCUGGAGCCCGACAGCUGCCCCCAGGACCUGCUGCCAAGACGCCCCCAGAAUGCCACCCAAGAAAGUGCAAAUCCAAGUGGAAGAAAAAGAAGAUGAUACUGAGGAAAGCUCAAGUGAAGAAGAAGAUAAACUACCCAGGAGAGAAAGCCUGAGACCGAAGAGGAAGCGGACCAGAGAUGUUAUCAAGGAGGACGACCCAGAACCUGAGCCGGAGGAUGAAGAGACAAGAAAAGCAAGAGAAAAAGAAAGGAGGCGGCGGCUGAGAAGAGGAGCAGAAGAAGAGGAAGAGAUUGAUGAAGAGGAACUGGAGAGACUGAAGGCAGAAUUAGAUGAGAAAAGACAAAUGAUUGCUACUGUUAAGUGCAAACCUUGGAAGAUGGAGAAGAAAAUUGAAGUCCUCAAGGAAGCAAAAAAGUUUGUGAGUGAAAAUGAAGGAGCUCUUGGGAAAGGAAAAGGAAAACGAUGGUUUGCAUUUAAGAUGAUGAUGGCCAAGAAAUGGGCAAAAUUCCUCCGUGAUUUUGAGAACUUCAAAGCUGCUUGUGUUCCAUGGGAAAAUAAAAUCAAGGCAAUUGAAAGUCAGUUUGGCUCCUCGGUGGCCUCCUAUUUCCUCUUCCUGAGGUGGAUGUACGGGGUAAACAUGGUUCUGUUCAUCCUGACCUUCAGCCUCAUCAUGUUGCCAGAGUACCUCUGGGGUUUGCCAUAUGGCAGUUUACCUAGGAAAACAGUUCCAAGAGCAGAAGAAGCAUCUGCAGCCAACUUUGGUGUGUUGUACGACUUCAAUGGCUUGGCACAGUAUUCCGUCCUCUUUUAUGGCUAUUACGACAAUAAACGCACGAUUGGAUGGCUGAAUUUCAGGUUGCCGCUCUCCUAUUUUCUGGUGGGGAUUAUGUGCAUUGGAUACAGCUUUGUGGUUGUCCUCAAAGCGAUGACCAAAAACAUCGGUGACGAUGGAGGUGGGGAUGACAACACUUUCAACUUCAGCUGGAAGGUGUUCUGCAGCUGGGACUACCUGAUUGGCAACCCCGAAACAGCUGACAAUAAAUUUAAUUCCAUCACAAUGAACUUUAAGGAAGCUAUUAUUGAAGAAAGAGCAGCCCAAGUAGAAGAAAACGUCCACUUGAUCAGAUUCCUGAGAUUUCUCGCCAAUUUCUUCGUGUUUCUAACCCUUGGUGCAAGUGGAUACCUCAUCUUUUGGGCUGUGAAGAGAUCCCAGGAGUUUGCACAGCAAGAUCCCGACACCCUUGGGUGGUGGGAAAAGAAUGAAAUGAACAUGGUUAUGUCACUGCUGGGGAUGUUCUGUCCAACACUGUUUGAUUUAUUUGCCGAAUUGGAAGACUACCACCCUCUCAUUGCUCUCAAAUGGCUACUAGGACGCAUUUUUGCUCUUCUUUUAGGCAACUUGUAUGUAUUUAUUCUUGCCUUGAUGGACGAGAUUAACAACAAGAUUGAAGAGGAGAAGCAUGUGAAGGCCAACAUUACCCUGUGGGAAGCUAACAUGAUCAAAGCCUACAAUGCGUCCCUCUCCGGGAAUACCACUGGGCCACCUUUUUUUGUUCAUCCUGCAGAUGUUCCUCGAGGACCUUGCUGGGAAACGAUGGUGGGACAGGAAUUUGUGCGGCUGACUGUUUCUGAUGUUCUGACAACGUAUGUCACAAUCCUCAUUGGUGACUUUCUCAGGGCGUGUUUUGUAAGGUUUUGCAACUAUUGCUGGUGCUGGGAUUUGGAAUAUGGAUACCCUUCAUACACUGAAUUUGACAUUAGCGGCAACGUCCUCGCGCUGAUCUUCAACCAAGGCAUGAUCUGGAUGGGCUCCUUCUUUGCACCUAGCCUCCCGGGCAUCAAUAUUCUUCGACUCCACACAUCCAUGUACUUCCAGUGCUGGGCCGUGAUGUGCUGCAACGUUCCUGAGGCCAGGGUCUUCAAAGCCUCCAGAUCCAAUAAUUUCUACCUGGGCAUGCUGCUGCUCAUCCUCUUCCUGUCCACCAUGCCUGUCCUCUACAUGAUAGUGUCCCUGCCACCGUCUUUUGACUGCGGUCCCUUCAGUGGCAAAAACAGGAUGUUUGAAGUCAUUGGUGAGACUCUGGAGAAUGAUUUCCCAAGCUGGAUGGCAAAGAUUUUGAGACAGCUCUCGAACCCCGGGCUGGUCAUUGCUGUCGUUUUGGUGAUGGCUUUGACCAUCUAUUAUCUCAAUGCUACUGCCAAGGGCCAGAAGGCAGCAAAUCUGGAUCUCAAGAAGAAGAUGAAAAUGCAAGCUUUGGAGAACAAAAUGCGCAACAAGAAGAUGGCAGCUGCGCGAGCUGCGGCAGCUGGUGGCCAGUAACUUUCACAGAUAUGCCAGAGGCCUGGGAGUACUCCUUCCCUUCGUGGUUUAAAGUGAUUCCUAUGUGAAGCCCCAGAGGUCAAGCUUUGGGGACAGGCUGCUCUCAGUCAUCAAGGUCGUGCUUGUCAGCGAGGCCUCCUCAGUUCUCGUCAGGAAGAAACAUCUCCAUCGUACUCCAGAGUAAAGACUUGUUCUUGCUCUGCCACUUCUUCCCUUCCUGUUUCCCUGAUAUUUUCCUAACACACUGAAUUUGAAAAUGAUUGUGAUCCACUAAUGUAAGAUACUGGAUAUAAUUGGUGAGUUAAUUAAAUAAAACUUACUUAUAUAGACUUUC